AUCAUGAUGCUGCUGCUUCAAUAUCAGCAUGAGGCUGCUCAUAUCCCAUAGGCCCUUUCUUUCUCUUUGCUACUUCCUUCUNAAGUCUCGAUAAAAUAGGACCAACAAUGGCUGUUCUGAGACAAGAUAUUCAUCAGAACAUUCGGAGAUUGGAAACGAGGCACGAAGCUGAUCCUUCAACAUAUUCAAACAUGGUUGAGGUAUUGAAAACAGAAGCAACGGACGGCACUGCAAGAAAUAUUACAAGUUGUAGUAGAGCUUUCGUUUGGCUCACCAGAUCCUUGGAUUUUACGGCAGAGUUAUUGAAACAUUUAGCAGUAAACCCAGGGCAGAACAUGAAGGAGGCAGUGGAAGAAUCUUACAACCUCACUCUAAAGCCAUGGCACAGAUGGAUUUCAUCAGCUGCUUCUAAAGUAGCACUAAUGUUAGUGCCUGACAAUGAGACCUUCAUUAGCAGCCUCAUGGCCAAAGAUGAAAGCUAUGACAACUUGAAAGUUGAAAUGGAAACCUUGGUUUCAUUACUUGUGCCUUAUCUUGAACAGAUCCACUCCAUUCUGAGGUUUUAUCACUUGGACAAGUUAAAGGCCAACUGAUGAGGUGACUGCAGUACACAAUGUAGAUAUAUGAGUCACGAAUGAAGUAUCAUAAUCCUAUAAACACACACACACACAUGAAUAUGUACAAAGUGUAUUUCGUUUGGUAUGUGAGAAAACCUUGUCCACGUACAUGUAUGAGCCUCUGGCAGUGAUCU